UCCUCGCGCAGUCUGGUCACUCUCCACAGCUGUUAGUUGUUAUUUGCAAUUAUUUACACAUUUAUGCAAUCAAUGGUCAAGGUGGAUGUGGAAUACUGCGGAAUCUGCAACUUCAGCGGCCAGUGCCAGCUGCUGCGCCAGUUCCUCCUGGCCGCCAGUCCCGAGGUGGAGAUUGCCUGCCGGCAAGGACGUCGCGGUUCCUUCGAGGUGGCCAUCGACGGCCACCUGGUUCACUCGAAGCUCGCCUGCCUGGCCUUUCCGCAACACGACAGCGUUCUGGCCCAGGUCCGGCGCGCAGAGCGGGGAGAGCCCGUGGAGACGGUCCUGGAGCAGCCCAUCAAGGACUGCAGCGUGAUGUAAGGGGUGUAUGGGGUAUAUUUUCAAAACACUGUUCACACUUUAUUCUCACACUUUAUUUUGAACUUUUACAAGCACUACAAAAAAAUAGUUAUAAUAAAAUAAUGAGAGGUA